GUACAAAGGUUCGACCUUAUAUACACUGAAGUGAAGUCCAUAUGCCGAUCGAAACGUCGAAGGCCUGCCAGAAGAUACUAUUCCCACGUUCAAAACAAUACAUCAAUGAAUGAGUGCGUUUCGAAUGAGUCAGGAAUGGUAUUAGAAGAACCGGGAAGUAGCAUCGUUCCAUCGUGUCGCACUGCAAAUAAUCUGAUGUCGAUUUCGAGAAUCCGUAUCCUGCGCUUGACUAGGAGCCAGCCAGCACAUCGACUCGAUAUUGAGUUGAUAUGAAAUGUCUGCAUGAUACUGAUAUAAAUGAAAGGGUCUCUGGGCCUCUGAGCAUCUACUUUUAAUUUGAUUUUCUAUACCCCUGCAGGGUAUUGUAGUUGUAAAUGAUAAGAAUCCACAUUCUGGCGAUUGUAGUCACCGACCCAGGCCCUAGAGUUUUUGCUGUUGCCAAAUUUACGUUCAAGGCCAUGUCACGCAAAAGGGAGCCGCUUCAGGCAGCGGUCGUCAAGCAGGGCCAACCGCCCACGUUCGGUUCCUUCCACAAGCGAGAGGAGCUGAUGAAGAUGCUGCCGCUGGUGUCAAAUUUGCGUGAGAUUUACAACAUGUUCGACACCUCCAAAUCUACUGGCAUUUCAGCGGCCGAUUUGGGAUACUGCCUGCACGCUAUGGGACUAGCUCCGACCCAUUUAUGGCUGAAGGACAACCUGCCGCCGAUGGGCCGGAAAUGGCUGAGCUUCGAGAAGGUGCUGACGCUGUACUGCAAACUGGCCGUUGUUGAUGGGCAGCCCAAGAUGGGGGACGUACUGGAGGCCCUGCGGGCGUGGGACGUGAAGAAAACUGGCAAAAUAGCUUACUCGGAGCUGCGGAAAAUGCUCACGACUAUGGGCGACCCCAUCGACGAGACCCAUGUGUUCGGCGUGCUCGCGUCCGUGUCGGACAUAGAGGGCAACGUCCAUUACGAGGACCUCGUGGCGAACAUGCACGUCCACGAUGCGAAGGCCGCCGAGACGCUGCGCCAGGCGCGCAACUAUCUGCAGGCCCUGGGCCGCAACGCCGUCGACAUGGACAUGACCAAGCGGGACGAGUUCAUCGACGACCUGCGCAGGGCGGAUCCCCAGGGCAAGGGCUACAUCGGGAGCAGCAAGCUGCUGGAGCUACUCAAUCGCAGUGGCAGCUCGUUCACGGCGAAGGAGCUGGACAUCAUCAUCGACAGCAUGAAGUGCAAUGCAAGAUCCGAUAAGGGCAUCAAUUAUCGCCGAUUUUUGCGCUACAUCAUGGACACAUAGCUUGGAGCGGUCCGAGGAUCUGCAGAAAAUUUUCUGCAAAUUUAUGAUAUUCGGCAACAGCGAAAUGUGUACAUUUGUUGACCGUUUCUUGAUUAAAUUAAAACAAAACUUAAAAAA